UCGCAUCAUCUAUCUACAGUUCAAAUUCCUCUAGUAGAUAAAUCAACGACUGUCACUUAUAAGCAGAUUCAUUCAGCUGAGAGAAGUUUGAUGUUAAAAGAACCUUUCCUUUCGUCUACAAAAUGAAGCCUUUUAUUCUUCUAAUUAUAAUAGUUGCAACAAUAGAAUGUGCUUCAAUAAAAGAUCUACUACUGAAACGUAAAGCUAUUGAAUCAGCACGUAAUUUUUGGAAAUUUCUUCCGAAAAGUAAGACUUUCGAAUAUACUGCCGGUUCACCUAUGGCUGUUUCAAAUGAGGAUCUUGCUGUUUUAAGUUCUAGUCCUCCUAAAACUCUAAAAAAAGAAACAAGACAUACAGCAUCACCAACAACAUAUCAUACAACACCAACUACACCAACUAAACUAACUAAACCAACUACACCAUCUCAAACAACAACAGCAACAUCACCAACGACACCCGAACCAACAACAACGGUUGAACCUACAACAACAACAACUCCGCCAGCUCCGAAAAAACCUUUCAUUAAAGUAGUGUUCGAUUAUUUGUUGAAGAUCCGUUUCGAGUUUGAAGUUAAUAAAAAUCGUUAAUUAUUGAUUCGAUGUAAAUUAAUCCUGUGUAACACGAUUAAGCUAAAAUCAAGUAAAAAGAAUAUGUGAAGGUUUUGAAAUAUUUUAUUAACAUUUUUAAUUACAAAUGAUAAAACUAUAAUUUGAAUAAGAACUUUUUAUGUUUAUAGCUCUGUACAAUGAAAAAAAUGUCGGGUAAUAUCUUUGUAAAGAUUCUGAUAAUAAAAUGCAUUGUAAUUCUCUAUUAUGAUAAGAAUCAUGUGCAUUUCUAAGAUUAAAAAUGUAUUAUCGAUUUCGAUUUUAGAAGUAAAUAAAAAAAUAUUGCAAUGAUUAUUAUAUUGUCAAGAACACUGAAAUUUUGUUGACACAAAAAUCAUACGAAAUAUUAUACAACACUUUACAUGAAUUAAAAAAAAAUGAACGAUGAUAAUCAAACUUCAUUCCACUCUCCUUACAUACCUUUACCUACCAUCAUUAUUAUUAUUUUUUCUUUCUGAAAUUAAAGAAGCAAUCGAUACCUUAAAUCUUUCUAAUUUUAGUCCAGAUAAAA